AUGACAAAUACAACUAUCAAUCCAGAGGACGGGAUAUCCCAUAACUUGUCAACUAUCUGCAUACACGGGGAUGACUUUUUGAAUAGAGUUCCCGAUGUUGUUACCCCUAUUAAUGUGUCGACCACUUUUCGGUACGAUAACGAAAAUCUAGUGAAGGCAGUGGAUCUGGCAAAUUCAGUUGACGACAAAAAGCCUCUCAUUUACUCAAGACUAAGCCAUCCCAACGCAGAGCGCUUGGAGGCUGUGUUAAAAUCGAUACUUGGUGGGCCAACUGUUGUCUAUUCUUCAGGGCUUUCUGCAUAUUUUGCAAUUUUAGCGCACUACAGACCCAGAAGGAUAUUUAUGGGGCACUGCUACCAUGGCUGCAAGUUAGCUGCGGAUCUUUACGCAAAAAUGAGUGGGGCAGAGAUACAUCUGCUUGAGUCCAUAAACAAUUUUUGUGAAGCUGGGGAUCUGGUACACAUCGAGGACCCUAUUAACCCGUACGGAGAGUGUGUGGAUCUGUCCAAUCUUUCAGAAAUAACACAUGAAAGAGGUGGGCAGAUGUUAGUUGAUUCAACACUUGCACCACCACCGUUGCGGGACCCAUGGAAGUUUGGAGCCGACAUAGUUAUGCAUUCCGGCACAAAAUACUUGGGAGGCCAUUCGGAUCUUCUUAGUGGUGUUGUAUGUUUAAAAAAUGAAAUUUCAGCGCAAGAAAUGCGUGAGGAGCGUAUCGCUCUGGGUACCAUUCCUGCAAGUUUAGAAAGCUUUUUGUUGUUAAGAUCCCUUAGAACUUUGGAAGUCAGAGUAAAGAAGCAAUCUUUUAAUUGCGAGCAACUUGUUAAAUACAUUUAUGAGCACAAAUCAGAUUUUAACUCAGUUCUUGACAAAGUACAUCACGCUAGUUUACAAAAAGAAGAUUUUGUGAGAAAGCAAUUGCCUCAUGGUUACGGACCCCUUUUUUCGAUUGUACUUAAGCGAGAAAAGCAAUGCAAACAACUUGUCCAUAUGGUCCGCAUAUUUCAGCAUGCAACUUCUCUAGGCGGUGCUGAAUCCCUAAUUGAGUGGAGAGCACUAAGUGAUCCCCUAGCUGACCAGACUUUGAUUCGAAUUUCAGUAGGGCUCGAAAAUAUUGAAGAUCUGAUUGAAGACCUAGCAGGGUCUCUAAGAAAGAUUCAAUCUUUAGAAAUUUGA